ACUGACAUUGAAAAAUAAAAAAUCCACAGAAGAAGAAGAAGACCAAGAACAAGACAACAACUGCUGCUUUACUACAUUUCUAACGUAUACCUACAUAGUUGUUACAAACAUGGACAACUCUGGAAAAGAGAAGGAAGCCUCGGCUCUGAUCGCUGAGGCUGAAAAGAAACUGAAAUCGUCUCAGUCGUUUUUCGGGGCGUUGUUUGGAGGCUCAUCCAAGAUGGAGGAGGCCUGUGAUAUGUACGCCAGGGCUGCCAACAUGUACAAGAUGGCGAAGAACUGGUGUGCUGCGGGUAAUGCGUUCUCCCAGGCGGCCCGGCUCCACCUGCAGAUGCAGAGUAAACACGAUGCCGCUACUAACUUCAUAGACGCUGGAAACGCCUUCAAAAAAGCUGACCCACAAGAGGCAAUCAACUGUCUGAACCGAGCCAUCGAGAUCUACACAGACAUGGGACGGUUCACCAUCGCAGCCAAACAUCACAUCUCCAUCGCAGAGAUCUACGAGACGGAGCUGGUGGACAUUGAUACGGCUAUAGCUCACUAUGAACAGGCAGCAGACUACUACAAAGGAGAAGAGUCCACAAGCUCUGCUAACAAGUGCCUUCUGAAGGUGGCUGUCUAUGCAGCUCAACUGGAACAGUACCAGAAGGCCAUAGAGAUCUAUGAACAGGUUGGGACCAAUGCGAUGGACAGCACGUUGCUAAAGUACAGCGCUAAGGACUACUUCUUCAAGGCAGCUCUCUGCCACUUCUGUGUGGACAUGCUCAAUGCCAAACUGGCCUUGCAGAAGUACGAAGAAAUGUUCCCUGCCUUCUCAGAUUCUCGGGAAUGUAAACUGCUGAAGAAGCUUCUAGAUGCGUGUGAAGAACAGAAUGUGGAAGUAUAUACUGAUGCCGUGAAGGAAUAUGACACUAUCUCUAGGUUGGACCAGUGGCUGACCACUAUGCUCCUCCGUAUCAAGAAGACCAUAGAGGAAGACGAGAGUGACCUGCGUUAAUGGCCUUAAUGUCACUAGACACCUAACCCCCCUAAACCCCUAUAUCCAUUUCUCAGACCAAAACCUCAUCCAUACCUAGGGCUGUUAAGGCGACUGUAUUACCACCUCCCCAGCAGUCACCAGUCAUGAUUGCAGUCAAAUUCCCCAUGAGUCAAGGUAAAACUAGGCUUCUCCAAAACUGAGCUGUGAUGCCGCUGUUGGUAAUUGGUACUCGGCGCUCUAUUGUCCCUGUAAUCACUUAAUGCAAAUACAGUGGAGAAUGAAAUCAAACACUUCCUGAGAGCCCUGGCAGUCAAGAGUUGAGUGGAAUAGGAUCACCUGUAGGGCAGCGAGAGCCAGCUCCUCGUAGCUGGUUGAUGCAUGAAGUUAAAUAUGUGCUCUGUUGGGGCAACAUUUCUACAGCCUAUGUUAUGCAAUUGCGUGAGAAAAAAAAAGUUUUGAUGGCCUCUGUUAAAAAGAGGAGGAGGAUCCUAUCAGCUUUCUAUAGGCUAGGCCGACUGUAUUUAUUUCUCAACUUUCUUAAUAUUAAUAAGCACGUUGCUUUGCCUUACAACCUGAGUCGUCUACCUGGCUGGCAUGGAAUUGAACCAUGGGAAAAGCGUCCUCCAUUUGCCCUUCAAGUGCAGAUGACUUUUUAUUUUAAGAAAAUGCCCGUUCAGACCGGUGCAUGUUAAUGGGCCCUUCUAAAUCAGAACUCGUUUCACAUUAUUUAGUAUUAUUUAGUAUUAUUUAGUAUUAUUUAGUAUUAUUUAGUAUUUGUAAAGAUACAAUUAGAUGGCAAAUAGUCUGAUGGGUGAAAAUAUGAAUCACCUGGGAAUGAUUCCCAAAUUAUUAUUAUUAUUAUAUAUCAAAUUAGUCAUUAAUUCAUUUAUGGUGAUAGAGUCGGCAAUAUUGAAUGAAUUAGACCUUUUUUUUCUUAAAUUUUUUGGGGGGGACGUUCCAGUAGACAACGAUGGUCCACGUCGGUGGUUAACGUGUUUAUCUUCAUUAAUGGUCGAUUUAUUGUGAGACCCUCAGUUAUUAGCAUGACACUUUGACCAGUUGACAAAAUGUAAUGACCGUCACAGCCCUACCCUAGGGUUUCCUAAACUCGGUCCUCCGGACCACAAGGGGGGGGGGUAUGUUUUGGUUUUUGCACUACACAGCUGAUUUUUUAAAUAACCAACUAAGCAUCCAGCUUUAAUCAUUUUGAAUGUGUUGUGUAGUGCUAGGGGGUCCCGAGGACCGAGUUAGGGAAACGCUGCCACCCCCCCCUCCCCGUUGCCUCAGGCCCUACACCCCCCCCUCCCCUCCCUGUUGCCUCAGGCCCUACACCCCUCCCCAUUGCCUCAGGCCCUACACUCUUGUGCCUUUUUUUUUUAUAGCAGAUAGCUCAUCUUGCCUUUGCAGUGUAUCUCAUCUUGCCUUUGCAGUGUAUCUCAUCUUGCCUUUGCAGUGUAUCUCAU